GAAAGUGCCAGACUUUUCGCGAAGCAUGUAACUGCAUGGGUUUGUUGGAAGAAGACUUGCAUUGGGCCAUGGCCAUGCAAGAGGCAGCCAUGCGAGCCGGAGCAUCUACACUACGUGCUCUGUUUGCUGUUAUAUUGACCACGUGUGAUGUUGCUGACCCUCUUGCCAUAUGGUCUGCAUAUCGAAAUGAUAUGACUGAUGACAUACUGCAUCAGUGUAGGAGGGAAGCUCGACAGCCUGACAUGGACUAUAGUGAUGAUAUGUACAACGAGUGUCUCUUUCGACUACAGGAAUUAGUACAGCAGAUGAGUGGACAGAAACUUGAAGAGUACGGACUGCCGCCUGUAAACAGGGGACAUGAAGACAGACUGACAGUUGACCUACUUAGAGAAAAAUCUUAUGACAGAGAAGCACUGCAACAAUUUGUAGACGAAAAUGAAACGAAUUUGACGAUUGACCAACGCAACAUUGACCUUCGCAUUACAGAUAUGGUGGACCAUGGGCAAGGAGGGAUUAUUUUUAUUGAUGCCCCAGGUGGCACAGGUAAAACCUACCUGAUUAACCUUUCCCUGGCACGCCUCAGAUCAAGAGGAUUUGUCGCCCUUGCUGUCGCCAGCAGUGGCAUUGCGGCACAGCUACUAUCAAAUGGGAAGACAGCACAUUCGACAUUCAAGAUACCGCUUAAUCUCAUGACCACAGACCUUCCUAUGUGCAACCUCAAGCGAGGUUCAUCAAAGGCUACACUCCUACAGGAAUGUGCCGUUAUAUUUUGGGACGAGGCAACCAUGGCUAACAAACUAGCUUUUGAGGCUUUAGAUCGCACAUUACAAGACCUAAGGCAGUCCUCAAGACCAUUUGGCGGUAUCUUAGUUGUCCUGUCUGGGGACUUUCGUCAGACAUUACCAGUCAUUCGAGGAGGUACACGUGCCAAUGAAAUUGAUGCCUGCAUCAAGUCAUCACAUUUAUGGCAACACGUAGAAACACAUUCUUUGACAACUAACAUGAGAGCUUAUCUCUACGGUGACGCCAACGCUGCUGAGUUUGCAAGUCUCUUGCUGCGAGUUGGGAACGGUCAUAUACCGGUAGUUGAAGGACGUCAUACCAUCUUCAUUCCAGAAGAUCUUGGCACAGUUACCGACUCUCCUCAGACCUUGAUAGAGCGAGUGUACCCAAACUUGCAACAUCACUACCAAGACUUCGAAUGGCUAAUGCAACGAGCUAUUCUCGCACCACACAAUGUCUCCAUUCGUGAUAUUAACUGGGAGAUGCUUCAGCUGUUUCCUGGAGAGAUAAAGAUCUAUAAAUCAAUUGAUACGGUCAGAGAUGAUGAUGCAGUACACUAUCCCUCGGAGUUUCUUAACUCCCUGGAACCUGCUGGUAUGCCUCCUCAUAAACUGGCUCUAAAGGUGGGAAUUCCUCUAAUGGUUGUUCGAAAUCUGGCUCCUGGGAUUGCAAACGGCACACGUCUUAUACUAAAGAGAAUGAUGAACAACUGUCUGGAAGCAACUAUUGCUACUGGACCGCAUAAAGGCCAGGACGUGUAUCUGCCAAAGAUACCACUAAUUCCCAGUGAUACUGGACUACCAUUUGAAUUCAAACGACUUCAGUUUCCAGUUAAGGUCUGCUUUGCUAUGACUAUUAACAAGGCACAAGGGCAGACCUUAGCUGUGGCAGGGCUAGAUCUACACGAGCCAUCCUUUAGCCAUGGACAGCUUUAUGUUGGCAUUUCUAGAGUUGCCUCCAAACAUGGACUAACUUUCUUGGCAAAAGAAGGAAAAACCAAAAACGUAGUGUACCAGGAAGUGCUGUCGACAAGAUGAUCAUCUUUAUAUUCACUGCAGGCAUUCAUGGCCAACAUCACCUAUGAUGCUGGCCAACAGCGACUGAACCAGGGUUAGCUUAGAAGAGGUUGACUGUUAAUAGGUCAAUUAGAUAAACAUUAAUGACUAACGACUAAACAGACAAAACACUACAAUAAUGCACUAAAAGUUAGGUAGACAAUAUGUAUCACACAGCAACAAACAGGACAAAGUAGACCGUUUUGGCGGCUGCAGCAGCUGGUGAUGCAUCAAUUUCUCAAAGAGACCUAUGCUGAAGACAUCAAGCAGGGAUGAUAACCAACACUCUAGACCAGAGAGUU